AUGUUCUCCUGGAAAAACUGGCGAGCAGCAAAGGUGAUCGGUGCCGGGCAGAGUGAAAAGAUCCCCUCCACCGAGAAGCCCGCGCUGUUCAAGAUCGCCGACAAAUAUGGCUGUGCCCUGGGUGAAGAGCCUCCCGCUGCAUCCAACCGUCUGACAUACAACACCGAUGACGCGUCCACUUUGGAGCGGUUCAAGAUUCGCGAGAUCUGCGAGGGUUGGCCACUCCACCGCGACGCCUGCGAGUGGACUGAUCUUCGGGAGAUCUUUGACCUGAACGCAUUCAUCAAUAUCUCCUGGCAGCAGAACUACCGGAACAAGGCCAUUGAGUCUUGGGCUGAAAGCUGGAAGAAGGGUGAAUACAUCAGCCAUCGAGUGCACGGUCAUGCGGUGGACAUCAAGGGUGACCGUGCCGUUGAUAAGAUGAAGGUUACGAUCUCGGUGCGUUUUGCUGAUGAGUAUGGAGUCGAGUGGGACAGUGACUGUGACUGCCGCUUUGUCUUCUUCUUGAAGAAGCAACCGCACGGUUGGAAGAUCUUCUGCAACCACCCAAUCUAUGAGAAGGACAAAAUGGUGCCUGUGGACCCGACACGUCUCCCAAGGAUCGACCAUGAGGCCUUGACUCAGGAGCCCAAGGGUUACCAGUUCCUGGCCUAUGGCAUGCGUCGGCUGGGUUACCCGAUUAAACCGAACAUGCCUCAGCUAUUCGGAAAGGAGCGUGACGCACUAUAUAAAGAGAUGAUGGAGUGGCUGGAUGGUAAGGAUAUUGAUUUUUCUCAAGAUGAUUUCUAA